CCUGUCAAACAACCCCAAAUGAAAAAUUUUGUUUUGAAAUUUUUCUAUGUGGUGUGUCGUGUUAUGAAGUGCUUCUAUUUUUCACAUCCAAUUUCUUCUUAUGGCUAAUUGGACAAAAAAACCUCCAGCAGGUUCGUCCAAUCGAAGAAAAUGGAAUCUAGAAGAUCGAACCUCGCUGAAUAAUCUUAAAUACCACUUUGCAGCAGAUGGUUGUUCUGAUGUCCAAUAUGACCUCGCCAGACAGCUAUUAGAUAGUAACAUUGAGCACAAUGAAGCCUCAUCGCAUGUUCAAGGCGUUCACUGGCUUCUAUGUGCUGCCCAACAAGGUCACGAAGACGCCCUGCGACUGCUACAAGAAUGUUUCGACAAUCGUCGCGGCAUUAGCGAUGCCAACAUCGAUGACGUAAGAAGUUGUCUCGGGAUGACAACGGGCGAACGAGCUGCCCGCAAAGCAGCUCGUGAUUUAUUUGCUUGCUUGUCCAAUGGAGGAGAACACAUUACUCCCAAACAACUCGAACGCAAAAUGCGUGAAAUAUACAAAUUACAGAAACGACGUAAACGCCACAACGACUCAACCUCCGAAGAAGAAGACGAAACUGAACAAUUGGAAGAUGUUAACCAUGUUAAUGGUGACAUUUAUCCUUGUGAGGGGGUAGAUUUGAAUGUAUCCCAUCCUGAGAGAGUUAUAACAGAGGCAAAUUUGGUCAAUGCAGCGGUGAACUAUGCAAAUGGCCGUUUGCCUGCUGUAAACGACGAGCUUACUCUGUCGAUUCCACAUCCCAAUUCGUUGGAUCACGUUCCGUGCUUCCAUCGGAUUAUUUUCCAUCCGAUUGUGUUCUGCAGGUUACUCUACCAUCGGUUGAUUAACUUGAUUGCCUCAUUUCCAGGCUCACUCUCGCCCAGCAUGAAGUUGGCUUUAAUUUUCCUUGUUUACAUUGUCGUUUCCAGCGAUAACCUUACUGUCUACCUCCCCAUUUCCUUUUACUAUCUCUGUUUGGGAGCAAUGGUCUGGUCGACUUGUAAGAUGCUAAAAUCCAAACAUGAUUUCAUUGAUUUUCGAAUCUGGUCUGGCUUGUUUCUAAGCUAUGGCGAUAAUAAUGUCGAAGCAGGGAUUUCUGAGAAUCGUUUUUUAAAGAACAACAUGAAACCAUAUUUGUAUUUCUUUUGUGCUUUUGUUGGCAAUCUUAUUGUUUGUCCAUUGAUUAGCACCGAAUGGCUGCCACAUUCGGAGAUUACCAUACUCUCAUUUCUCAUGGUAUUCAUAUCGAUGGUGGCAUUUAUGUAUACAUCAUCUCAGAGACGUUUUCCUGAUAUUCUCGUCCUUUUCUCCUUCGGAAUUAAUGUUUUGGCCAAGUAUCCUUAUGAAAUGGAUGAGGUUGUAAGUACAGGAUGGAGAUUUCUUGAUUUGAAGGUACCAACUUUCAGUUCAUUUGUUAUUGGCAAUGGAAUUGAAUUCUGUUUGAACUGUCGGACUGUGCUGUAUUUGAUGAUUCCUUUGUUUUUGGUGCAUUUGGCUAAACGAUCGAAUUGGCAUGGAACUUAUACAUAUCUCAUUCCACAUUGUGUCACUUUAAGUUGGCUUCAAUUGUGUAUUACAAGUUCACAGAGUGCAACUAUGUUUGGGGUGGUUAGAGCAGCACUCGGAUUGGCUGGAAUACUACUGUUUCUGCCUCUCUUCGGAAUUGUUUCGUUGAUGGUGCCAGUGUUUCUGGCAGUGGAAUAUGUUGGCUUGACAGAUCCACGAAUGCGAUUGGUUACGACAAUUGUAGCUGCAGCUUUUGCGCUAUUGGGUUCCUGUUGCAUGGCUGUUAACCAGAAUACGCAGAAGUACAUCACAUUCCUUCAGAUUGCUGUAAGCAUUGUUGCUGCUGCUAUCUUAACACUGCCCUACAUGACGUCUAGCUUCAAGGCAGUUCACACUGAAACAUCACUUUAUUCGAAUCUUAUUCACGAUAAACCGAUCAUCACGUCCGAAGAGGACACUCAACGUCACAUUUCCUGGGAGAAAUUCUAUCAUUUGUGUGGCCAGCCAGCUUGGGAACACAGCAACAAAAUUAAAACACAACUACGAUGCUCAUACCUCACAGGAUCCACUGUCUCUUGGGAUGGCACAAUUACCGAAGUUCAAAUUGCGAGAGUUAUGAAUUUCCGAGCUGAACUUAUUCGAGACUAUUUGCCGGCAUGGUUGGCGAAUAUUGUCGAGUGUGUUUAUGGGGAAUCGAAUAGGUUGGAGUGUUCGGAUGGGGAUGUCUUAUGCGAGGAAUUGCGCAAGACAACUAAACUACAACAGCGGUGCAACUUGAAUCGAUGGAAUGUCUACGAGUAUGAGAUGCUCCUUCGCAUGAAUUCUGGUCUCCUGAGUAAACCAAUCGACGUUAAAGUGCAUGCAGAUGAUCGAUUUAGGAAUUUUACGACUCUCCUUCGCAGUGGCGAUCGAAUUCAUAUUUAUGGAAAACUAAUGAAUACUCGAAAGUCAGCGAAUACAGCGAGAGAAGAUUUUGUCCUUGGUUCGGGGAAACCUUCGGUUCAGUUGACAGGAAUUGAGUGUACUGUUUGCACUGAAAAAGAUAUGCCAGCAUUGAAUUUUAACAAAAUGACUUCAGCUGUAGAUGCAAGGAUGCGUGAUCUUACACGAGGCAUCAAAUAUUUGCUCAAUGUCCUCCUCAAUCCAUUGAUUACCUUUAAAUAGUAGAAGGGUAAACACUCCUAACCCAUAUUCCCAUGACACCAAUGUAGAGAAAGGAGAAAGAAGCUUGAUUAGUAUUUAUUAGAAAUAACAAUAUCAGUAUGUGUGUGUAGAAAUGAUUUAUUAUGUAGUGUAUACACGCUUACCAGGAAAAAAAAAAAUCCCGACAAUUUUUUUUGAAUUUUUAUUAUGUUUGGAGUUAUCUUAUGUGUUGAUUAUUAUGGAUCGGAUAAGCUGAAUAACUUAUAGUACCUAAUGCUUCUAUAAAUGUAUUGUUUUAGAAAAAAAAUAUUAAAAAAUAUACAAAAUAUUUGUGGAUCGUAUUAUUGUAAUGCAAAUAUAAUUUACGUUUACAUUGAAUGUUUACAAUAAUUACUUAAA